AGCAGUGGAGCUGUCUGACACUACGCCGCUACGCCGCUCCUGCUCUGCCUCGCUUCUCCUCUCUGCCUUUCGCCUCACACUCUGCUUUGCUGGAUAAUCAGCCACUGAGUCUGCCAAAGACAGCGACAGAGGACAGGAAGGGAGGGAGGCAGAAAGACAGAGAGCCUGUACUCUUCAUUCAGCUGCUGCAUUCUUCUGUCUUUUCCUUCGUUUUCCUUGGCUGCCAGAGUGCAGUGCAGGGAACGACUGAACGGGAGAGGGCUCCCUGAAGGAAUCUAUCCUCCCCUCUUUGCACUUCCUCCCGCUGUUCAUUCCUGGGACAGAGUGCAGAAGAGAAGAGGGAGGGACUGGGAGCGGGACUUCAGACUCUGCCUUCAGCUGCACAGCUCAGUGUCCCACCUUGCUCCAGAGACACAUGAGACAAACACACAGAGACACACGCACAUUCACAUUAGAUUAGACACGGCUCAAGCUGACCAGACUAGCAGAAAGGGGGACAGAUUGACAAAGACACACAAUAUAUAAAUACAGAGACACAGACAAGACCACAGACAGACAGACAGACAGGGGGUGUCAUGGCGUCAGUGGACAGCACCGGUUCGAGUGUCUCUGGUCGGCUGAGAUCAGGGGAUCUACUACAUGCUGGUCUGGCAGUUGCACUGCUGCUCGGUGUGUGGAGUGUUGGUGGGCUGGAGGUGUCAACAGGUAAAGUGUCUACAGUUGAAGCAAUGAAUGGCUCCACAGUUCUGCUGCCCUGCACCUACUCCUCCUGUAUUGGCAUCAAAAACCUCUACUUCAACUGGCACUAUAAUGACAAUGGAACCAUGCUCAAGUUAUGUGAAGCAGAGAUCCCUAUGGAGGGUGUGGAGCCCAAGGUCUUUGUGUUCCGUGAACGUGUGGAGUUUGUCGGCUCCUCAAAGAGCAACAACAUCUCCAUCCUGCUGUGGAACAUCACCUUUGAAGACCAAGGAGAGUACAUCUGUUUCGCCAGAAACCCAAAAGAGAAGAACCGCAACCACAGUGCUGUCUUCACUCUUAUAGUGGUGGACCAAAUGAAGGAGGUUGACAACACUUUGACAGUCAUCAUUGUCUCAGUGCUGGGUGGAGUCAUUGGCUUAGUUAUCAUUGUCAUGGUGAUAAAGGCCUUGGUUGUUCACUUCCUGCUGAAAGAUGAUGAGAAGAAUAAAGAGUGCCUGGUGAGCUCCUCAGGGAAUGACAACACAGAAAAUGGACUUUCAGGAGCCAAAGCGGACAACAAAGGGACACCAAAGGCAUGAGCAAAAUGCAAAGUAUGUCUGUAUGUUUGUAUAUAUGUUAGACAAAUGUACACGCUCAGAGAAAAUGCUGUUAACAGUGGACUGUUUUAUCUUACUAGUGGCUAACUAAUACAACAUGUAAAUGUCUCUUUUAAAUCAUGCUUGAGAUUUGGGAAGUGUGAGAUGUGCAUAGGCCUGGAUCACUCCCUCACUUACAUAGCAGCCCAUUUGUUACAGUGUACAGCCUCUGUUAUCAAAUUUUGCUUUUCAUCUUACAGAAAUUCACUUACUCUACAGAUCAGCCUCAUGUAUUACAUAUAUAUAUAUAUAUAUAUAUAUAUAUAUAUAUAUAUGUAUGUAUAAGGCUUAAUUUGGAAUGUAUAGGGCUGGUGUUAUUCACAACUUCAAUUCAAACUUGAACCCAAACAAUCCUGACCAGUGGCAACACGCACACUUUGAUAUCAUGAUGAAUUGCCAUAAUCUAUAAACUGCCAUGUCAACUGGAAAACAGCACACAACUGCUGAAAUGCUUUUUUGUAACCCUCAAAUGACACUGACAAAUGAAAACUAACAGAUAUACAUUUACUUGCUCACUAUUCUUGUGAGUAACUAGCUAAACUGCUGGCUUUCUGGAGGUCUUUAAAGCUAUGUUUUCCGGAUCUUUUUGAUCUGAUCUAACCAUUGACCUUGAUCUCUGCCAUGCCAGCCUGAACUUUAACUUCAUCAAGUUUACUGCUGGUUCCAGGUUUGACACACUGUCAGGAUGUGCUUGGUUCAUUAACGGCUAACAGCAGAUUUUGAUCAACUACUGGCAAGCUAAGGCUGACAACUGGGCUGCCUUCUUAGGUGACUAAUAGUAUCCAGUUCUGCACAGGAUUUAUUGUUUUGCUUUAGAUGAAACACAGGUGCCUGUUCUGCUUCUGCUCCCUCUGCUGGUGGGAGGAUAAAAACACAAAAAAAUUAUAAAAAUAUUACCAACCCUCACCCUCAUCAAAGACAAUCCCCAGACUACCCAGCUCCCUAUAGAAAGGAAUGAACUUAAUCAUGCUGCUUCUUACUAAUAACCAAUGCAUUUUUAGCAUGUGCCGCAUUUUAUAUAAUGUCAUAUAAGUAUAUGUUGUCAAGUACCACAGUACAGGAACCUUUAUGUGUGUCUCUGUAUGGCCCCAUUUAACCCUUCACAUCCACCUCAACUGACUGAAGCUCUGUCAAUGCCGAUAAGCACCUCCCAACACUGCUAUAACUUUUCUUACCCCUUUAACCAGGUCAGGGUGAUUGAAAGGUGACUCCUCUUUUAGAGUAAUGGCCUGCAGGUGUUUGUGGGAAAAGAAGGGUGACAUUUUACACUUACUAAACCGGAAGAACUUUUAAGUAUCUUUAAAUUUUAAUCAUCCAGUUGAAAAACUCUGCCAGAGAAGUUUAUGAGGUUGGCACUUUGUUCGCAUCAGCAGGAUAUACUGUAAGUGGGGAGAGCAACACACAUAUGCGGUUCUCCGGAUAGCAAUUCACUUUUACAUUUCCACAUUUGUAUGCAGAUUCUAACUGGCUCUGAUAACCGAAAACUUUAACAAUACAGUACACAUACAUGCAUUUUUAAUUAUGUUAAAGAGUCCAAAUACGUCCGCUGAUACAGCCUCUGUAAUACAGGUAGCACAGCAUUGGGACAGAUCACUGCAAAAGAAUGUAAAGACUCUGUCAGGGAAUAUAUGUUAAAUAUUGUCCAAAAAGUAUAUUUUAAUUCAUUACAAAAAUAAUAAACAAUGUGUUAGUGUUAUUAUAAAAUGAAUGUGUGAAUAUCUUAAUAGGCCAGUAGGUAAUUUUUCUUUGCCAACAGUCUUGGUCUCUGCACCUCUACAACCAGCCAAUACUUUCAGUGUUUCACUCAGUUCAGAGUUCAGAUCAACCAACAACUACUUCCUGUGACUGUAUUUAAAAACAUAAGGCGCUGAAGAUUAUAAGAUGUUUAUUGUGAGUUUCUAAAUAGUACUAGUGUCUUAGCACUAAAAACUUAACUAUUCAAGAGUUUGGUGGGAGCUGAGAGUUGUUGGGAGUAAAUUGACAAAUAUAUAUAGUAUUAUAGUAUAGUACUAUAUAUACUAUAUAUAGAGUAAAUUUAAACAGUAAUCACAUUUUGUUCAAGAAAAGAAAAAGUCAACAAAGUCUUUAUAAUAUCACGUCUGUACUUAAUCCUGUGAUAAAUCAACAGGGAUGAACUUAGUGCUAAAAUAUCCACUGGAGACUAGAACCUUUCUAUGUGACUCUCAGUAUUAGAGGUCACUUCUGUGAAGCUGGCAGACAUGAUCUGCCACACCCGUAUACAUAGCUUGAAUAGCUAUGACAGCUGAAAGCUACUCACAAACAUACGCACACACAUAUAUGCCUACACGUGUAACUCAGAUACCAAGAGUCACUUUGAUACCAGAGAGUAGUAUACUGGCCUUGCAUACAAACAAUACAGCACUUUACCACUGUUCAGAGUGGCUGCACAAAACAGCAAAUCAUGGGAAAGAUUUCACAGUCAUCGUUCUUUUAUAAUAUAUUACGAGAGUUAACAAAAAACAACAUUUUCAAAUUGUGUUUGUCAUGUUCGACUGAGCACCUGACAAAAGCAUUAUGUCAAAAUGGUUUUAGCAUUGUCUGACUACAUGUUAUCUCACUGGAAUAGAGCUCUAUGGGAAGAUUUUAUCUUAUUUUUCUAACUGUUCACUUCUGUCAGCCUGCUGCCCUCUAGUACUGGAGUGCAUUUCCCUUCUUGCUUUCAAUGGAAGCAAUAUGACAGACAUCAGAUUAUGCAAUAAACUGUUAUAAGGCACUUUAGAUGUGUCUGGACUGGCUGUGAUGGCAACUCUGUCUGUCCAAGGCACUGUUCAUUGUACGGUUGUAUUUAUCUACACUGGAGUAAUGUAUCUCAGUUGGAUCGACAUUAGGUUCAUAUAUCUACAUUAGACAGAUUUAACGGCAUUGGAUCAAUCUAUAUCAGAUCCCAUUUACACUUGGCAUAAAAUUCCCUGAGCAGAUGGAAGAUACAUCAAGACGAGCUAGAGCUUCAGGCUACAUUAUAAAACACCUCUGACUCCCUUGUAUUGACCGAGGACAACUCUACAGUCAAUUUCUGAUAACCUAUGUCUGUAAUGGAAUGUUCAUAUUCAUCCUAAUACGAAAAAACCUAAAUUAUGUGACCAAAUACACAAAAAUCAAGUAGGCUAAAAGACCACUGACAAAACUCAAAACAGCUGCUCAUGGGAAAUUUAUGAAAAUAGUCCUAAUGUUCUUGUGUCUAUAUUGGCCCAUGUGCACCUAGUUGUUUCAUGAAACUUAUAUCCAGAGUACAUUCUGAUAUAGUAUGUAACCAUACUACAUCACAGCACAGUAAAUACAGUAUGACUGCCACCUAGUGGUAAAUGCAUCAAAUAAUAAUCUCUAGCAGAAGCUGAUGAGACACCAUGUGCUUAUUGAAUUUUUAUAAAGACUAUAAAGGGUUGCAUAAUGGAAAACAGUGUCAAUUACAACUAAAAUUAUAAUCUUAUGCAACUGAGUGACAAAAAUAUUGCAACCCUUUUCACGUCUAAAUUUCUGCUGGGUUCCAAAGAACCUGACUGAAAUCUGACUGCUGUUUGCCACCUAUAAAAUGCCAUUCAAGACAAACAAUGUCCUGUGUCCCUCUCGGCACUUGUGAUUUACAAUUUCAUGGUUUGCAUUCUUAUUUGAUGGACUGAUAGGACUUUUAGUUGCCAUGAAUGGCUUGGAGAGACAUAUGGAUUUACUUGAAAACAAUUUGAAUAAAAUGUGUCUCAGACAACAUCCUGAAUUGGUUCAGGUAAUUAGAUUUCAUCAAGUAUAGAGAUAGAAUGCAGAUGCUUAAGAAGCAUGAAACAACACAGGUUAAAAUGGGCCACAUGUUGGUGUCAAAUGUUGCCCAUUGGACAAUUUAAGUGUAUUUCAAUUGGAAUUUUAUUGGUAGGUAUAAAUGGGAUCAAGGCUGAUCAAUGUUCAUAGAACUGAGGUAAUAUCUGAUAUGUGAUGUACUACUGUGAGUGAAACCUGUAAUAGCUACUAACAUUGUAACUGUGCAGGGUUAGAAGUGAUACAGUAUCCUUGUUGUGUUGUAAAACUGUGAAUGUUAUGAAUAUGGAAGGAAGCACUACACACACACACACACACACACACACACACACACACACACACACACACACACACACACACAUACACUUGCUUCCUCGUCUAACCAGUCAUGUGCAAAUCCCUCUGUAAAGAGGGUAUAUAUGUACAUCCAAAGUCUUCCUGUAGGGAAAAGCAAUACUGUGGAGUUGAUCUGUCUGUUACUGUACUUUUCUUCCUCCAUACCUUUAACCCUGAUAUAGCAUAGCAAAUAGGUGGUUUCAUGUAGGGAUUGUGAUGCAUAACAUGUAUAUUUGUGAGUUCCCAUUCAUUGGUCCCCAUUUUUGUCUGUAAUCCCUAACCAGAUUUUUCUGUUUUUCUGGAGUGAGGCCCAUUAACCCUGCCUUACAGUUUCAGGAGAUUCUUUCUGAUCUAUGACUUGCUCUUACUGUAUGGAUUUAUUUCCCUUAAGUAAAACUAUUGACAAAGUGACAAAAAAAACACCAUAUCAAAAGGCAUGUGAGGAGGGCAUAAGAGUGAUGUUCUGUUUUAAUGAAGGCCAGGUACAGUAUCUAUGUGACAAAUAGGAUAAUUUUACCUGAGUUCAUGUAUGAAUGCAGUCUAGAUCCAGUUGUGGAAGGGCUGCCUUCUUAACCCCAUCAAAUUGUACUGGGUUAUGAAACCACCAAAAGCAAUGGCUGUUUUAACUUUUAAAAUAUGAUUUUUGUUUUCUCCCCACUACAUUCUGACCUGCAUGUCUUUCUCCAAGAAAUCUUUGCCCUGAACCGAACAUGAGUUUUGAUGUCAGCCAACUGCUUGCAGUGAUUGCUGCAGUACUGAGUCUGCCCUGAACAGUGUCGAAUUUUCCUCUGCAGGGAUGCAGUACAGCACAGUAAUACAGAAUGACUGCCACCCAGUGGUGAAUGACAAACACAUCAAAUAAUCUUACAUCUAGCAGAAGCUGAUGAGACAUACAACAUGUGCUUAUUGCAGUUUAAUUCAGACUUUAAGGGUUGCAUAAUGAAAAAAACAGUGUCAGUUACAACUAAAGCUAAAACUAUAAUUUUAUGUAACUGAGUGAUAAAAUCAUUGCAACAGUUUUCACACAUCAAUGUAUGACUAUAAAUAGUAUUGAAACUGAUGCUGAUCGCUUUACAUAUAACUACUAGUUUAUAAAUAUGCAUAAUUUAAUCCUUGUGCCCAUUUGGUGUUUUAACUACAUUUAAUACGGGGUGAACCACAAUGCAUAAGUUUACACAGAAUCUAUUAGGAAAAGGAUACAUGAAACAAUUUGUAGAAACAUGGAUUCUUCAAGAAAUGGCUCCUAGUUGACAGCUAUAGUGAGCUUAAAGAGUCACAGAUAGUCGCAUUUUUCACAAAAAUAACAAAGUGUUGAGAGUUCUGACUGACCACUAUGAUUCCUUAGAGUUAGUAUUGCUCUUACUGCCAGAGCGGCUGAAACUCAUACUGCCAGUCCAAGAGUCUCAUGUCUGCUGUUGUUAUGACACUAUUACAAUGACACUCAACUCACUUUGUACACUUACACUAUUAAAACAUAUUGUAUUACGGUCUUCAGCUGUAUUGAUGGCAUUUCAGUACUAAAUUGUAUAUGAUAUUGCUCUAUACUACUUAUGUAUUUCUAGCAGCUGAAACUCACACUGCCAAGCCAAGAGUCUGACGUCUGCUCUCUGCUUCCCACAUUCCACACAGAUCAAAAGAUCAAACCACUGAUCUAAUGUUGGUUUAGUUGAGCAAAAAGGUUAAUUUUACUACAAUCCUGAUGCAAGACAGUUAUACAUAAAUGAGAUUAAAUAGGAGCAAUAUGUUCUUAUUUUGGCUCAAAUGCAAUUGUUUCCAUUGUGAGAAUUUUGAGAUAGCUAACAAAAUGGUGAAAACAAAUUAUUGUUAGCAAUGCCAAACUAUGAUGCAUAUUGUGACAUAUUGUGUGUCAAUAUUACAUCACAAGCCUAGCAAACUGCCUCCUCUAACUCUUAAAAGAGAUUAUUUUACAGACCAAGGCUAGCUAGCUACAGAUUUGAAUUAUAAGCACAGACUGACACUGACCUCUCCACCUUUUCUCACUGCAGUCCUGCAUUUGAACAAUUUCAACAAUAUUUUUUACGCAUCUAGCAUCUGAAAAUGUAAUUAUAUCUUAACCCAAAUAACAAAUUCAUAUCUACACAUCUUAUCUUACGCUAUAUAACUCCACUAAUGGUACACAAAUAAUAGUACUUUAUAGUAGGUUGAAAUCUUGCAGCAAAUUCCUAUACUUUGCUUUCAUCAGUACAGUCCAUUCAACACACUCACACACACAAAACAAAUCUGCAACCCCAGGUUUCCUGGAUCAACUUUUCUCUGAAUGUUCAGCUGUUUGUCUGUGUUGUGACCAUGUUGCUCAUGCUCCCUUCAUGACUAUGCACCUCAAACUUUUGACUUGUUAAAAAAAUACAUACUGAAAAUAAAAUGUUGAUUCCCA